CCGUCUAUGUCUGUGAUGCAAAAAGCCGCUCUCGGACAGAAAACUGUGUCCCAAAACAACAGAAGCCCUUUCGGUUCUCUCACAUCCGUCCCAGGACCACGAGUCACGAGUUUCGGACAUGCGAACUGAACUACUGAAGAGCUCUCACACUAGCAAUGCACUCUCGGCUCUCAUUCUCACGCGACUGUAGAUUUUCACCUGCUCGGUCCAUGGCAAGCCUAACCAGCAAACACAAAGCCCACACAUCAAACACCUUCUGCACCAGAACACACCAGAUUGGCGCCCUAGCUUUGGUCGUUUCGACAUUCUUCGUCACCAGAAUCUUCAACCAAUCUUUAAAUUCCUGCAAUUAUUCCUCCGGGGAGGUAAAGACAUCCUUUGUCGACAAUGGUGGCUCGAUUUCGUGGCCUGAUAGAGGUUACGGAUCACAUCUCUUUCUCAAGAUUUAUGUCUACGAUGAACGCGAAAUUGAUGGGUUGAAAGAGUUAAUGCGUGGGAGGGACGGUAAGAUCUCUCCAGAGUCUUGCCUGAAAGGCCAAUGGGGAACUCAGGUAAAAAUCCAUAGAUUGCUGCUCCAGUCGAAGUUCCGGACAUUGAAGAAAGAGAACGCGGAUCUGUUUUUCGUUCCGAGUUAUGUUAAAUGUGUGCGAAUGAUGGGAGGUUUGAACGAUAAGGAAAUAAACCAGACGUAUGUGAAGGUUUUAAGUCAAAUGCCAUAUUUUCGACUUUCAGGUGGCCGGGACCAUGUUUUCGUCUUCCCAAGUGGUGCUGGGGCUCACUUGUUUCGGUCUUGGGCGACGUACUUGAAUCGAUCUAUCAUUCUUACUCCAGAGGGUGAUCGUACAGAUAAACGAGGUACAAGUGCAUAUAAUACAUGGAAAGAUAUCAUAAUACCUGGAAAUGUUGAUGAUGGGAUGACUAAACAUGGGGAUACCUUAGUCCAGCCUUUGCCCCUAUCAAAGAGGAAGUAUUUGGCGAACUACUUGGGCCGAGCUCAAGGAAAGGUUGGUCGUCUUCAAUUGAUAGAGCUUGCGAAGCAGUUCCCAGAUAAGUUGGAAUCUCCAGAGUUGAAGUUCAGUGGCCCUGACAAAUUGGGAAGGACAGAUUAUUUCCAACAUCUGCGCAAUGCAAAGUUCUGCCUAGCUCCACGAGGCGAGUCAUCAUGGACCCUUCGAUUUUAUGAAUCGUUUUUUGUGGAAUGUGUUCCAGUAAUCUUAUCAGAUCAGAUAGAAUUACCUUUCCAGAAUGUAAUGGACUUCACAGAGAUAUCAAUCAAGUGGCCAUCAACACGUAUAGAACAACUCUUGGAGUACCUAGAAUCAAUUUCAGAUGAAGAUAUAGAGGGAAUGAUUGCCCGCGGUAGACAGGUGAGAUGUUUAUGGGUUUAUGCUUCAGAAACUGAACCAUGUUCGGCAUUCCUUGGCAUUAUGUGGGAACUUCAGAGGAAAGUGAGAAAAUUCCACCAGUCAGCGGAAACAUUCUGGCUACAUAAUAGAUCUAUUGUAAACAGAAACUUGGAAGAGUUUCAUAACUGGAAGCAUCCGAUGCCUUUGCCGUGAUUUUUCUAAACAACUAUUUGAAUCUUUGCUGGGGUCUUUUGUAAUUAGUCAAUGGGUUUUGGUUGUUAGGCGGUACGGUAAUGAGCCCAUUUGAGGUAUUACUGUAUAAGAAAUGUUCUCAAGUCUAUUGCUUCUUUUCUUGAUGGACAGAGCUUUAUUAGACAUGGAUGUAGACAAGUUGAAUUGAGAAUGUACCUACAAAAGAAGUGGACAAACAGAUUCAACAUAUUUCAGAGCUCAAAUGAGCUGAUUAUAUUUUC